ACUUGCGUAGAGCCGCUUUAUUAACGGCUGGAGCCUCUCAGUCCAGCGGGUGUUGGGGAAAGGAGUCAUCAGUUGCUUAGCGGCCAUGGCGCUGAACAGGAACCAUUCGGAGGGAGGCGGCGUCAUUGUCAAUAACAGCGAAAGCAUCUUGAUGAAUUACGAGCACAUUGAAAUGACUUUCCAUGACAUGGAACAUAUGCCAGAGGCAUUUAAAGGGACCAAGAAAGGCAGUGUCUUCAUGACUCCGUAUCGAGUUAUUUUUGUAUCUAAGGGAAAAGAUGCAAUGCAGUCUUUCAUGAUGCCCUUUUAUUUAAUGAAAGAAUGUGAAAUUAAGCAACCCGUGUUUGGAGCAAAUUAUAUCAAGGGCGUAGUAAAAGCAGAGGCAGGAGGUGGUUGGGAAGGAUCUGCAACGUUCAAAAUGACAUUCUCAGCUGGAGGUGCCAUUGAGUUUGGACAACGUAUGUUACAAGUAGCAUCUCAAGCUUCAAGAGGUGAAGUUCCGAAUGGAGCCUAUGGUUACUCCUACAUGCCAAAUGGGGGUUAUACCUUCCCACCACUUGCUACCAACGGGGUGUAUCCUCCUCCGCCUCCUUCAGGAUAUCCUUAUCCACCACCACCACCUGAAUUGUAUCCUGGCCCACCAAUGGAUGGUGCUAUGGGAUACAUGCAGCUUCCGCCUCCUCCCUAUCCUGGGCCUAUGGAACCACCUGCUGCUGGCCCAGAUCUUCCCACCACUCCAGCAGCUGAAGCUAAGGCUGCAGAAGCUGCUGCAAGUGCAUAUUACAACCCAGGCAACCCUCAUAAUGUCUACAUGCCCAUGGACCAGCCUCCUCCACCUCCUUACUUUCCUCCAGAGGACAAGAAAACCCAGUAGAGAACCAUCAUCACAUGUUGCAUCCUUUAUUGCCAUAUGGCUAAAUAAUGAUUAGGGAUAUGACAGUGAUAAGAGCCACCUUGUCUCCCCCGGUACAUGUAUCUCUCAUGGACAGAAAUGACAGAUAUAUGUGCCAAUAGGAAAGUGUUUCUAACAUUUUCCUGGAUUGGGGAAUGUACAGACACUUAAUAUAUUGUUCUCCUCUGUAUGAUAUAAUGAAGGAGUCUUUUCCCCAAUCUCACCAUUUAAUUGUCCCAGAGAACAUUCUUUCUGGAAGAAAGACUACUUCAGCUGAAACCUAUCAACAGCUGUUGAAUUUGGUAGGUAUUGAUAUUUUAGGUGCUGUCCAGCUCAUUCACAGUGAAGCUUCAGAAGAAAAUUAUCUCUGUGAUUUUUUGAUUGGUUCUUCGUUGCAUGAACCCUGCCAUCUUGUGAUUAAGGAAGUUCACUGCUCUUCUGAAAAAUUUGACAGCAUGUAUUAGACAUUUGAUUCUACAUGGACAAUGGAAUUUUCUGCCAUUUCUUCUACAAGAUGCAUGUAUGGUAACACAAGUGCUUCACACUACGGACAGUCUUGUCUACUCUCUUAAUACCUGGGCUCUUUCAGUUUUACGGGAACAAAGUGGUGGCUGCGUAGUUUUAGCCAGGAAAGCAUCUUUACCUCUAUAGUUAACAGGGUAGUUGAUUUGACCAAAUGGUUGAUUGUCCUAGUGUAGGUUUCCAAGAAAGAAGAUAGUCAUAAAUAAGCUUAUUUAUGUGUUUAGUUUAUUAUUGCACAGAUUUUAUUCCUUUAAUUUUGAGUGUAUUGCAACUUGAAGGAACAGAUUUAUUUUAUGGUUUUCAGCCAUCACACUCACUGUGUGUGGUGAACAUCAGAUUACCUUUCAACAACUCUUUGGUUUAACUUGAUAAAUUCAAAGGCCUUGCUAAAAAAGAAAAAAAGUCAAAGCCUUUCUAGGGUUUUGUGUAUUUCCUCUUUCCUCGAGUACAAUUCUUAUGAGUAAAAUGCCAUAUUCAAUUCACAAUAAGGCAAAAUUCUUUUCUUGAAACAAAAUGUUCAGGGAGGGUAAGAGGUAGAAUUUUAGGAAUUUUCUAUGGCAGUAGGUCUUUAGAUGUGUGGCUUCCAAAGAUUUUGGAAAGUUAUCAGAACAGUUGAAAUCCUACUUGCUGGCAUCCCCUCAUCUGUCUAAAACAAUGAAAAUCUACUCUUCAUUCUUUUAACACUGAAUUUGAUUUAAUGCUGAAAUGAAAUAGAUAUAAAACUGUUAUAAAACUACCUAUCCUUACUGCUCCUGAUAAUAAAAAUACUUGAAAUUGCUAUUUCCAGUACUGCCAGUAUAAAAAAAAACCCACCCCACAAACUUGGGCCUUCUUUCAACUGUUGCUUCAGUCCAAGUUCUAUGUAGUGCUUGAAGCAGUACCGGUUAUUUACAACUUUGGGCGCAUGUCCGCACUCUCCCACUCAGCAGGAAACAUAAUUGAAACAUGAUUUUUGCUCCAGGUUGUCCUGGGGCAAAACACAACAUCUGGUAGCAAAAAUAUGGCGGAAUAGGUUGGUCUUUCUGCAUGCUUGUGCAAGGCUUAGUUUUUGCUUCCCGGACUUAGCACAAAUAUUUCGCUUUUAUUAAAAUUCGUGAACAAGCAAAAUUAUUUAUGACCCAUUUGCGUUAUUCUGAACACUUAGCUACACUUUGCUGUAGAAUUGAGAGACAGCCAUCUCAGUUGAGGUUGGAAUUACUGCCGCAUAAAAAUGCAGAUGCUUUUUCAGCAAAAGUCUUGCAGCGCUUUUUCCUCUAGAAACUGAAACACCAUCUAACUGAUAACUAGGUUUGCAGACUGACUACUACGUAUUUUAGGUUUCUUUAGUACUGUAUGGUUUUUGCAAAUGGUUUCUAGCUGACCUAUAAUAUACUAAAAUAAAAAAGCCAUGCAUUUUCCCCUAGGUUUGCUAUUUAAAUGAAAGUGAUGUAACAAAAUUGUUAUAUGAAAAAUCAGUAUGUAUUUUGGAGAAAUUUUGUUAAUAUGGAUGUGAAAUGGCUCUCUUGAAUGCGAGGUUAUCUUUUGAUUUGCUGAGAUUGUGAAAUAAAA